AUGCGGCUGCAACUUCUCAAAACUUCUGCCUGGGACCACCUUUCGCGCGUCACCUUUAUCCUCUGCACCCUCACAUCGCAUGUUGCAACGCUUUGCGCACAGUCCUUCGUUAUUCUGUUUCUUGUGUCAGAAGCCCUUGCCCAGGAGCUGACGGCCAUGCCUCGGCCAGCGGCCGCCGCUGCCGCGCUGGGUCGGUCGCCACUGCUCAACGAUGCCAUGGAUGUCGAUCGUGAAUUCAACGAAGACGAGUGUCGUGACUUCUUAAACGCUGUCGGAGACAAGGUCGUGAACUCGUAUAUCUACUCAAUCGGCAUGGAGGAGGCAUAUUCCUCCAUCUGGUGGAAGUAUGGUCCUGACGGCGCAAGCGACGCUAUCAGUCUGCUCCAUGACAUCCUUGAGGAGGAUGAUACCGCCGGUGCAGGUCUCGGAUUGGAUACUGACAUUUGGAGACCAUGGAAGAAGAACUUUCGAUUGCGCAACAUCAAUCCUCAGAAUCCCUGGGUCCCUCACAUAGGAGUGCGCAUCCUGCCUCCAGCCACCCCAACCCAAGUUCGGAAAAUUCGGGCCUUGAAUUUCCUGCGUGCCACUUCAGCUGCAUCCAGUAUCUCCGAGGGUGGUGAUCAGUCGGCGGCUUCGGCUUCGGAAGCUGCUGCUUCACAGCCUACCACCAACUCAAGCCACGAACACUCUUUGGCUGCUUCCCCCAACUACUUUGGUGAACACGCGCAUGGCCCUUCGCCAAAAUCAGAUGGCGCUGGUGGCAAUCGCAUAAUGACCCCGGCGUUCGCACACCAGCGAUAUCGUACUCUGUUCGCAACAGGUAAUACGUUUGAAGAGUCGCCCCCAGGCGAGACCACAAAUGGCAGACAAGACCUUGGCAGAAUCACACGGUUGGACUCGAUCCUCUCCCAUCGGCCGACUAUCUCAUCGGCUUCGUCUUCGGCGGGAGCCUGCAUUGCCCCAAUGCAGAUUGACUCCUCGGAUCUCAGCCCAGCUGUUCACGAGGCAUGGAUUGCUUUGACAGCAGGGGCGUUGGAUAAUUCUGGCCCAGGCGAAGCUGCGAGCAAUGGUGUUGCAACUUUGCGGCCUUUGCGCUAUAUUCCGGGUUCAGAAGCCGCGGAUUUCGCCGUCUAUGCCGAGCAGAAUGAGGCCAAACACACGACUGACAAUGAGCAGUCCGAGAACAUUGCCAUUCGUCAGGCUUCAACUGCCGUUGACAACUUUCGCGAAGACGUGCGCCGCUCUCAUGACUUUCCAGAAGUUUCCAAGCCGAAGCAACUCUGCCUGGAUGUUGGUCGCGACGAAGCAUUAGGUCUGCACCGCCUUCAGCAGGCACAUCGAAAUGCGGCGCUCUUGGCAGGUGAAAUCCGCACCCCAGUGACGCCCAGUCACAAUCAUCGCUCCAGCAACCGAGAGGCCAAGACCAAUGACAACACUGAAAAAGAGCACACUGAAGAAGAUAGUGGUCGAGCUGAAAGCGCAUCGCAUGGACAGCCAGAGAAGCGCAAGAGCCAUAUUGCUCGCCUACUCUCCUUGUUCAGAUUCGGCGAAAAGAAAGAGCGAACUGAGCUACGUCGCUCGUUCAGUAUUGGAAGAGACCACAGUGCAUUGUGUUUCCUCGAAUCUUCAAGUGCCUCUCCGAAGCGAAAAGUCAGCGACAGAAGACCUCGGGCUAUGACGAUAUCUGCCGGCUACGACGGUACCUGCUCGCCGCGCAGUACAUCUUCAUCUGGGUAUUACAACAAACCUCUUCCACUGAGUCCUAGCGAGCGUGCUCAAGCCGCUUCUUCGCGCACUCAAAGUUCAUCACCGUCACGUAUGCGCAGCAGCCAUGCCAACCCUCCGUUGACUGCUUCCUCCGCUUCCACUCAAGCUUCCUCCGCCUCUAGCAAGCAACGUUUCCGUAAUACCACACGAGAUCUGCUCGACUCCUCAGAAAUGGACGUUGCGCCGAUUCUGCCGGUGGAUUUCGUCAGCCACCGCAGCAAAGCCUCUCACCCUGAGCCCCAGAAGUACGUGCAGGAAGCCCUACCGCGCUUGUCAUAUUCCAGCGAUGCCGCGCGCAACCCCUAUUCAGACGCACCUAUUCUUGUAUCGGCGCCGUCUACCUAUGCGCCGCGCAAUAUUGUACAGCACUUUGGAGAGGAACUGGACAGCGAAGUGACGCCUGUGCCAAAGUUGCCUGGUUCACACUCGGAUCCGUAUACUGACGAGCUAAGCACUGCGGGUCUUCCCGCGCAUGGCCACUAUGGUCCGUCUAUGUACGUGCAUACAAGCUCAUCCGCCAGUCCCAAGCAGCCCUUCCUACAACAGCGUGUUGCUGCUGUGUCCUCACGGGCUGGACUCUCCUCGAACAUUGAGCAACCUAGCACUGACCUCGAGGAAUCUCGCGGAAGGAUGAAAGCACGCGCUCAGACGCCCGUGCACCAGAACGAAUCCUCUCCACUAAGUGUAAGAAGUCCUCCGAAGCCAGCCAAACGCUCUCAGUCCCCAAUGAAGCGACUUCUGGGUUUGGGCAAGAAGACUCCUGUUAAAGACCCGAAACGUUCGACGUCCGGGACGAGAGACCCUACUCCUGGCAGCAGCGCGAAGAAGAGUCUGAAAGAAUGGAGCCACAAGAUCAAGCACGGUUUCCUUGCUGCGGACAUGGAAGAACAACAGCACGAGAGUCAUAUGGAAGACUAUGCUACGGGCAAGUCUGCGCCGGAGCUCCUCGCACCGUCGACAUUCCCUAUCUCUCUCGAUCCAUCUUAUCAAGCUCGUCUACAAGCUGAUCUGGAAAUGAUGUUAGUCAUUAGCGCCAACCGAUUUCUCGUUAGGGAAGCUGAACAGAAACGCAUUUCCAGGACCAGCAUUGACAAGUUUCGACAUGAUUGGGAAUCUAAGAAUUUGGCCCAAGUCGUCGAAUAUCAGUUCGAUAUGCGCACUCAGCGUGCUCUCAUCCUAGACAACCUUAGAACCAUCGAGUUCUGCGGAUCAAUCGCUCGCGACCCCGUUGCACUGACUGCUGCGCUACAUGCUUGGGGUGUCAUGGCGAACGAAAUGCUUGUGCGCACCUUCUGCGUCGGCGACAGCGUUAUUCGAAAGUGGCUGAACGACUCUCAGCGCAUACUGGAGAUGCUCGACGCGCCACCCAUCACCUUUGCCAUGUUCGACAAAAUGUUCACUAAAGCCCUGCUCGUCAUCAAGCAGCGACAGCAGAUGGCAAUUGAAUACAACGCGGAGACUGAGGCCAACUCUGCAAGCGAGCAGAGUGAGGGUCACGCUCGCAGCCAUUCUCGCAACCCAAGUGAGUCAAGCUAUGCUUUCCGCCUUCGAGGUCACAACCGAAGUGUCAGCAAUGACAGCUACAUUCACGGCCUCUAUGGUAGUAUGGCUGCACAGCUUGAAGCUCUAGAGGCCACACCUUCCGAACAUGUCCCUUCCUCUCGAACCGUCAACAUAGACUAUGGUCCCAACACCAUCCCUCAGCCCCGUGUUCAGCACUGGGACGCGGUCACAGCAAUCCCAAAUGCUAGCUCAUCUGCGCUUGAGACUUCAAACAGCGCGACGCGAGAAACCUUUGACAAGUCCCGUGGCAACCGAGAUAGCCCCAGACGGCGUGCCACCCCUGCGGCCCGCGCUGACCCCUUUGACCGCCGCAGUCCCAGCCGCGGUGGCAUCCGCGAGGUCUGA